AUGGGCUGCUGCGGAGGCCGGGACGAGGAGAUCAGGCUCAGGGCAGAGCAGAAGUGGGAUUACAUCAACCUGAGCGACUUCAACACGUACUCGUGCUGGGUGCCGAUUUCAUAUAUCAUACUGUACAUCAACGUGCUGCUCUCUAUAGCCGUUUACGCCCUAGACACCUUCACGGCCGUCAACCUGCUCGCAUUCUCCCGCUGGUCCAGCCAGAUCAAACCUGAGAUCCCCCUCCACAUCUCAAAAUGGAUAUUUGCUGGCUGCAUCAUCCUCUCGCUCGUGCUGCUGGUCUACCGCUGGCUGCGCGCCAUUCGCGUCAUCAACUCUGGCGGCGUUGCGCAGUGCUACCUUGACCCCAUCGCCGUCAAGGUGCAGAGUAUCAGAACGAGCAAGCGGGCCUCUGGCUGGAGACGGUUCUUGGUUUUUGCAGAGCUGACCAAGAGCAGGAAGGGAGCGGACUAUGUCGCUAUUUUUACAUAUUUCAAUUUCGAGGCAUGGUUGAGAGUGAUAUUCGCCCAGGGACCGCGCCAGGUAAUCAAUGGCAUUACCCUAUACUCGGUAGCGCAGCUCAAUCUCAUUCCUGUCGGUAAACAUGCUGCGCCAAAGGGGACCCUCGCCGUCGUCCAGUUCUUCAUCAAUAUCGAGGCACUGGCUGAAAAGGACACGCUGCAGGCUCUCAUCCUCUUCUCUAUGCUCUUCACCCUCGUCAUCUGGGCCUUUGAGUUCAUCAGCUUCUGUCUCUCGGUGCUCAUGUACCUGCUGUUUCUAUGGCACCAUAUCCCAUCAGAGGAUGGUUCACUGUCUGCCUACUGCCGCCGCAAGAUCAACAGACGACUCGAGCGCAUCGUCAAGAAGAAGGUAGACAAGGCCCUGACCGAUGCCGUCGUGUUGCAGGAUCGGAAGCGCACAAACACCGACCUUGAGACGGGAGUAGCCUCCAUCAAGCGUAACCCGACCUUACCAACACUUCCGUCCGUUAUGGAUCUCAAGCAACAGCCACAGCUGCCUGAUAUGCCUCCUCUUUCGCGCCAGACAACGGUCACCACGCUACCGCCGUAUAGAUCUCACACCUCCAAUACGGAUCGACAUGUGGAUUACCAGCACCACCACCAGCAACCGCCUCUGCCGGAAGUAGACUGGGAGGACCACCAUGACCACGGUCAGUAUGACCGCGACUACAACGAGCACGAUGAUCACGAUCAUCAUGACCAGCAUGGCGACCACACCAUGCCCGCGUCCAACUCGUUCCAUCGCACGCAGUAUUCAGACGAUGCGUCCGCAUCCUUGGUGAACAAUGCAAGCGGCAUCGCAUAUAACCCGCCAUCGCAGUAUGAACACCACCAGCCCCAACAACACUAUCAACGCGACCCCCCGAUGCAGCGCGAACAUACAGGAACGCCCAUGCUCCCGCCCAUCGAACGAUACGGCACUCCCCUAUCAGUCGCUACUGGCUCCUUGUUCCAAGCUCAGGGACAGCAAAACCAGGGCCGCCGUACACCAGGUCCUCUAACGCCAGGCCCCGGACCACGCACUCCAGGACCGUUCACUCCUGGCCCAGGCCCUCGCACACCAGGACCACUGACCCCGGGCCCAGGGUCGAUGGGCCGUCAAACUCCUUCCAACCAUAACCAGCACGCCUGGGACGCGCCCGAGAUGCCUGACCUUCCACGCUCCGCAACCCUACCAACACUCCCUUCCAUAUCUCGCCCGGGCACGGCAUUCGCGCCUCCACCACCCAUGCCCACACCCGCACCAUCAUAUAACCGCGAUCAAGGACGUGAUAGGUACGGUCCGGAUGAUGGACCAUCAGUGUCUUCGGCACCGUCAAUGCCGUCUGCCCCAACGCCCACGCCGAGUGCGCCGCCUGCAACUGGUAGCGGGAUGGUUGGAGGGCCGCAUAGGAACUUUGCCCGUCCCUCGCCGGCCCCUGAUGGAUGCCGGAUGAAUGGGCUGAGUGCUGAGAACGGAGGAGUGGAAGAUGAAACUGUGCAGAGAGAGAUAGCUACCUCAUCGCUUUCGACUGUGAGAGGAUACGUCGAUGGCGAGAUAGUCAAUCGUGACGGGGAAGGGUUUACCGCAGACGUUGACCAGGUGUUUGCAGUACUGAUACAUGGGAAGGAAGAUGGAAGAAUUGAACUGGUGGACGAUGAUGUUAUGGUUGGGAAUGGGGAGGUCGACAAGGCCGUUGACCAGCACAAGGAAACUGUGGCAGAUGUGCACGCCGGUGAUGUCGUCGAUGUCGCCCUGCCGGAUACCUCAGACCUUAUACCAGACAGUCUGAGGACGAACUCGCUUGAGAAUGCGGAGAGCGAAGGCCUUAUGGCCAAGGAAAGGACAGCUAGCCAGAUACCAGGGCCUACGGCAGCCGAUGCUACGCUCGCAAACGGGAAUAAAGACCGCCCAUAUGCCUCGCCGCCACUGCCAACCUUAAAGCAUACUGAGAAAGACGAGCAGAAGGACAAGAUCCAAAGACUGUCCCCAGUGAAAUUACAGGAACUAACCUCCUCCCCGGAGUCCGCGAGUCUACACAAAGCUUCCACCGAACAGCAAUCACGGCCGCAACCAAACGUACAGCUGUCUGAUACGGCACCAGUUGAAGCAGAAGAAUUAACAGCUUCGCUCCUAUCUUUAAAGGAAGACGACGAUGCUUACGAUGCAGAUAUGGCUAUUGGCUCGAAUGGGACUGCGCUGAGGGAAUUGAACAGAAGCCGGGCUCGAAGUCGUCGGUCCAGCACUGGUAAAAAACAUGUCUAUCUGCAGGACCCGUUGGAGUUUCAUGGACGGCGUGUCAAUAUUGAUCCAACUCAGCCGCUACCUACUUCGUUCCGUCAGCGAUCGAAGGCGUCUGCACCUAGUCAAUUAACCGCUGACGGGAAAGCCCGUCAGUCAAAUGGUUCAACUAACCGAUCGAGACGCCUGCCAUCGCCGUUGACUCUAGAUGUCGAUAGAUCGGGACGGUCAUCUGGCGCAAAUAGGAGCGUAUCACCUGUCCCUGCAUCUAUUCCAAUCCCGCCAUUCUCUAUCCCAACCUACCUCCAGCUUGAACUGUCCUCCCACCGACCGUCGUCGCUCUAUAUCCAUCGCUCAGGGGCACAUGAUUUCCCCUACGAGAGCUCUAGGGUGAUGCUAGAGAGAUUACAGAACUUCUUCCUCCUUCCUCCACUGCUAGAACAGGCGUUAUGUUUUGGAACACUUGCUUGCCUCGACUCAUGGCUGCAUACCUUUACCCUGCUUCCGUUGCAGUUUUUGAAGGCUGUAUUUAUCCUCUCGCGGUCCUGGGUGAUUAACCUGGGGCUAGAGAUUCGGUUCAUCGCUUCAUAUAUAGUUAAUGGCCUUGGGAGGAUGUGGAAACGCCGAGGGAGACGCGACUCUAUGCGUGAACCCACUACAAACAGCAAGCCUACUAAUCUUAAAGAUGCAUCACCGAAUCUGAUACCACUAAAUCCAUCACCAAACGAUGCCAGCCCUAUUAUAGAUACGGCUUCAGGGUCAGAUGCAUACCGCAGGCGCCGCGGAUCUUCCACUCGCCAUCACCGGAGAACAAAGUCUAUCCCAUCCACGUUACUAGCUAACGACAAAGCGGAUAUCCUCAAGGGACUACUGAUGAUAUUCACCUGCACUGUACUCAUGUAUUUUGACGCAAGUAGGAUGUACCACUGGAUUAGAGGGCAGGCAGCUAUCAAACUCUAUGUUAUCUAUAACGUCCUAGAGGUUGGAGACCGACUCCUUUCCGCCAUUGGACAAGAUGUUCUUGAAUGCCUAUUUUCUCAAGAAGCCUUGGAACGCAGGCCAGAUGGCCGAAGCAAGGUUGUACGCCCGUUCUGGAUGUUCAUCUUCGCGUUGAUGUACACCGUCAUCCAUGCUACUGCACUCUUUUACCAGGUGAUGACCUUGAACGUCGCGGUCAACUCAUACUCCAAUGCUCUGAUUACCUUGCUACUGUCCAACCAAUUUGUUGAGAUCAAGUCAACUGUCUUCAAGAAAUUUGAGAAAGAGAAUCUCUUCCAACUCACCUGCGCCGAUGUCGUCGAGCGAUUCCAGCUAUGGCUUAUGCUCAUCAUAAUCGCCUCCCGAAAUUUUGUGGAAACAGGCGGCUUCAAGCUCGGAAGUGUCCUGACACCCCAAAGCACUGCUGCAACCAGCACCAAUAGUACAACCGCUUUUCGACCCUCCACCUCUAUCCUUCCUCAAUCCUUCACCCUUCUCAUCCCCUCGUCCGUAUUCCUGUCCCUGAGCAGCGUUAAUUCCAUUCUACCAGCAAUUGGUCACCUUCUUGCCCCGUUCCUUGUUGUCCUUGGCUCCGAAAUGGUUGUCGACUGGCUCAAGCAUGCAUACAUCAGCAAAUUUAAUAAUUUAAAACCGGCAAUGUACGGCCGAUUCUUAGACAUUCUCGCCAAAGAUUACUACAGCAGCGCGUUUUCAGACCAGAACCUUAACCGUCGCCUCGGGCUUCCCGUUAUACCACUUGCCUGUCUCUUUUUCCGUGUUUCUGUUCAGACAUAUCAAAUGUUUCUGACUGCCUGGCUGCCGCAGCUAUCCUCCUCUCCCUUCUACCAAUCACCUUCAAAUGCGACAUCGUUGUCCGAGAUUCACAGCCACUACGCCCCUGUCACAGGUUCAUCAUCAGCUAUACCUACCUUAUCAUCUUCCUCUGCUUCAGCUCUCCUCUCCUACGCCUCACUGGCAUCGAUUGCACAAACAGCUUCCUCACUUUUCCAGACGUUUAUAUCCUACGCAACUCCCUCUCCUGCAUCCUUUGUGCCUAUAUUCACCGUAAUUCUCGUCCUCCUCCUUUACAUCACCUUGCUCCUUGCGAAGCUUGUUUUGGGCAUGAUACUUCUCGGCUAUUCUCGCACAAGAUACAAGAAUAUGAAAUAUCGCGAACGAGAGUAUGCAGCAAAACAGAAACGGGAACAGCGGCGUCAGCAACAGCAACAGCACCCAAGUUCGAUUUCCCCAAUACCUCAAGGGUCAGCUUUGGCUGUACCCUCGGCCACAUCUUCCGACAUGCCACCACCUAAUAGUGUUAGCAACAAUGAUGUGAUAGAAGGGGGCCGGCGUGUCGGCGGAUGGGGCGCAAUUGAGCUUGGCGAUGAUAGGAGAAGAUGGAUAUAUGCAGACGACCCUGAAGGCUUGCGGAGAGUACGAGAUCGGGAAGAGAGAGGUAGGAACGGUAAGGCCAGUGGGUCCGGAGGCGGCGCCCAUGGGCUUGAAAACGUGAAGAGAUACGAGAUGGCAGCCAAGAGGAUUUGGUAA